GAAAUUUGGGAGGAGUGUCCGGGGGGCAGCAACUUAAAAGGGGGAGGGAACUGCAGCCUAGGAGACGAUCGGUGAUGGGAGCGCAAUGUAUGAGGGGAUACCGUGCCUCAGGUUUAAAAGAGCAGGAAGCCGAGUGAGAGGUUGGAGAAAAAGUGCCUUCGCCAGGCGGAGGUUACAGGUGGUGUCUCGGAAACAGCUCGCAGGCUGCAGGCUGUAGUUGUUGGGAAGCGGCUCGGAUCCGAGAACUGUGUGGAAGGAAGGGACAGCUUGGGGGCCAGCGUCCUGGGGCGAGGGGGAAGUUCGCGACUUUCUGAGGACUGGCAGGAAUGUGCCUCCUGGCCCUCGGUGCUUCCCCCCUGGGGGGAGGCAUCGCGAGGGACUGUGGCAGGCUCCACUGAACGCUGAGCUGCGGAGAACUCCACGUAUGGAUCCAGGGAAUGAGAAUUCAGCCACAGAGGCUGCGGCGAUCAUAGACCUCGAUCCCGACUUCGAACCCCAGAGCCGUCCCCGCUCCUGCACCUGGCCCCUUCCCCGACCAGAGCUCGCUACUGAGCCGUCUGAGCCGCCCGAGGUGGAGCCAGGUCUGGGAGAGAAAGUACACACGGAGGGCCACUCUGAGCAGAUCCUGUUGCCCUCCCGGCUCCCGGAGCCGGCAGGGGGCCCCCAGCCCGGGAUCCUGGGGGCCGUAACAGGUCCUCGGAAGGGAGGCUCCCGCCGGAAUGCCUGGGGAAAUCAGUCAUAUGCAGAACUCAUCAGCCAGGCCAUUGAAAGCGCCCCGGAGAAGCGACUGACACUGGCCCAGAUCUAUGAGUGGAUGGUCCGCACUGUGCCCUACUUCAAGGACAAGGGCGACAGCAACAGCUCAGCAGGAUGGAAGAACUCGAUCCGCCACAACCUGUCCCUGCACAGCAAGUUCAUCAAGGUUCACAAUGAGGCCACUGGCAAGAGCUCCUGGUGGAUGCUGAACCCCGAGGGAGGCAAGAGUGGCAAGGCACCCCGCCGCCGGGCAGCCUCGAUGGAUAGUAGCAGCAAGCUGUUGCGGGGCCGCAGCAAGACCCCCAAGAAGAAACCAGCUGUGCUGCCCGCGCCAUCUGAAGGUGCCACUCCAACGAGCCCUGCCGGCCACUUUGCCAAGUGGCCAGGCAGCCCUUGUUCUCGAAACCGCGAGGAAGCCGAUGUGUGGACCACUUUCCGUCCACGAAGCAGUUCAAAUGCUAGCACCGUCAGCACCCGGCUGUCCCCCAUGAGGCCAGAGUCUGAGGUGCUGGCAGAGGAGGAGAUACCAGCUUCAGUCAGCAGCUAUGCAGGGAGUGUCCCUCCCACCCUAAACGAAGAUCUGGAGCUGUUAGAUGGGCUCAAUCUCACAUCUUCCCAUUCCCUGCUCACUCGGAGCAGUCUGUCUGGCUUCUCAUUGCAGCAUCCUGGGGGCACUGGGCCCUUACACACCUACAACACCUCCCUCUUCAGUCCCACAGAGGGGCCUCUGUCAGCAGGAGAAGGGUGCUUCUCCAGCUCCCAGUCUCUGGAGGCCCUGCUCACCUCUGAUACGCCACCACCCCCUGCUGAUGUCCUCAUGACCCAGGUAGAUCCCAUUCUGUCCCAGGCUCCAACACUGCUGUUGCUAGGGGGGAUGCCUUCCUCCAGUAAGCUGGCCACAGGAGUCGGCCUAUGUCCCAAGCCCCUUGAGGCUCCAGGCCCCAGCGGUCUGGUUCCCAGCCUUUCUAUGAUAGCUCCCCCUCCAGUCAUGGCAGGUACUCCCAUCCCUAAGGCCCUGGGGACUCCUGUGCUCACACCCCCUGCCGAAGCUGCAAGCCCAGACAGAAUGCCUCAGGAUCUAGAUCUUGAUAUGUAUAUGGAGAACCUGGAGUGUGACAUGGAUAACAUCAUCAGUGACCUCAUGGAUGGGGGCGAGGGACUGGACUUCAACUUUGAGCCAGAUCCCUGAGGCAUGGCUGGGGGCUUUUGUCCCCUGCUUCAGAGGUGGAGCCAGGCGUGUCCAUAUCCACUCUUCACCCUUGAGCCCUCCCCAGGAAUUUGGGACCCUGCUUUAGAGCUAGGGUGGGGUCUGAUCACACACAGGUGUUGAAGAAAUUAUAAAGAUAAAACUGCCCCUAAUGGGGACACUGGGGGAGGGACAGGGGAGAGGGAAAGGGAGGGGGUUUAUUCUCACUGUGCCAAUUAGGGGGUAAGGCCCCCUCUCAGGAGCCAUCCUUGGCUUCACCCAUUCCCACCUCCUAGGCUUGUAGCAGGGGCGGGCAAUGCUGUUGAAAAUGUGAAGUCACCAGUGGCCUUACCCCUGCCUUUGGGAGCAGGAUUUUUUGUAGAGAGUCUUAUCUGAGUUGGGCCAGGCUAGGUUGAGCCUGGGAUUUUUAUGCAGUGGCCCCUUAGGCCAGUGGUGUGGGGUGGGGGAGGGGGCAUAGGGGACCUGGAAGGGCUAAGGUCUGAGCACUGGAGUGGCUUGCCAGGCCAAAUCACCCUUGGAAGGCUGCAGAUAACAGAAAGGCUUUUUAUAAAUUUUUGAAGAAAUACAAACACAAAUAUAGAGAUUUUUAACAGUGGCAAGGUGCUAGUGAUGGGGAGACUGCUUUUCUUUUUCUUUCUGAAGGCUUUGUCAUAGUGACAUGAUACAAACACUACAGACAACACUAGAGGAGACACGAGGACACAGGGAAGA